AUGUCAAAAACUGAUUCUUUAGAGGAACUUGUUGACAAAUGUCACAUCACAACAACAAAAUUGACUCUUCAAAGUUCAGCUUCAACACCAAAUUCAACGGUUUCGAUAAAAGGUAAAGGGAAAGCGCGAAGAGCUAAAUCCAGUGCACUCAUUAGAUUUUCAACAAAUAUUGCUGAAAGACGCCGUCAAAAGCAGCACUAUCUUCUACCAAUUGGAAGUUUUAGGGAAACCGGGAUCUCAAAGCAGCCAAUAAAAUGGGUCGAUGUCGCUUCUAUUAUCGACCAUGGUGUACAUACCCACAAAAGUUUAGAUCCGAUUAAAUUCAGGGAAAAUUAUGAACGUUUAUCUACAAUUAGUUCUGGAACAUUGACAUCGAUGAUAGUGAAAGAAAAGGCAUACUCAGUAUUCCCUGUCCUAAACGCUAUGAUUUCGCUGGAGGACUUAAUAAAACUACAUGAGAAGAGUUCAAAAACGAUUUUUCAGGAGACGCAUGCUAAAUUUGUCUGCGCCAACAUCAUGAUGGCAUUGCGGUUUCUACACGAACACAAGAUAUUCCACGGAUCAGUCUGUCCGCAGAAAAUAGUUUUCAAUGAAAGGGCGUAUCCAUGUUUAACUGGAUUUGGUACAGCAGAUGUUAUAGACGACCGACAAAGUCGCCCACGUGAGAGAACACAAUUUGAAUAUACCAGUCCAGAGCAACUUUGGUGGGAAUACAUUACCGAGGCGACUGAUAUUUUUUCUACGGGAUGUGUUACUUACGCCUUGCUCUACGGCAAACCCCCACACCAUGGAAGUGACACCCAGAUAACUAGAAGAAAUCUUAAUGACAAACAUUUUGAAGCCAACUUUCCGCCAGGAACUAUAUCCCGCCCAGGAAGGAAGUUCAUCGCAAAGUGUAUCAGGAAAAAGGAGUCCCGCCGAUACAGUAUUCUUGAAACGAAAGAUAUGUUCGAAGAUAUCCAUUGGUUUUCCGGAUUAAAAGAGGAAAAACUGUACAAACAAUCUAUACCAUCACCGUUGAUAUAUGCAAUUCAAACGGCAUCAGAAUUGUCUCAUAAAUGA